CGACGAGAAAGCAGAACUGUUAACAGUUUAGCAAGGAAGGAACCGCUUGGACGUGAGGUUUCAGCUGACACAGACUUUAAUUGGUGUGGAACAAAGCUGGUAAGAACCUCGUCAUCACUGACAAUCUAUUCACAAUGGAUUCAGACUCUUUCAAGAGUGUGAUUAUCUGUGGACAGUGUGGAGAAUGGUUUGGGAAUAUGUUGUCCCAAGUCCAUCAUCUGACGACUCAUUCCUUCACAAAGACAGCAGGGACUAAGUCGGUCCUGAACUUCUUAGAGAGGUGUGAUGGAGAUGCCCCUGAUCAGAGUGAAUAUGCCCAUGCUGAUGCUUCACCUGGAUGUUCCUUUGAUAAGUGGAGCCCUUCAGCAGAUGAUGUGCUGUAUGAUGAAAAAAAUGGAACUGAAGCUUAUAAGCAUGCUUCUGUAUCUCAUCAAAGGGAUAGACUAGAUAUUGCUGGAGAUUGUGGAGAAUCUCUUGGUUGUAAUUCUCACUUGCACCAGGUUAAUUGUGAAUGUGUAUACAAUCCGUCAGGAGGAGAACAUGAAACGGAUGACAUUGCAGGUAUGGGUGACUAUAGGGCAUGUUUAUUUAGAGACGGGGAUCAGGACUCGGUCCACUUAGGACAGACUGAUCAGAACUGUGAGGACCUGAGUGGAUCUGAAGUUGAGGUGCCAGAAACUUCUGGAGUUCUGUCCUCAGGCACAGAUGAGGAUUCUCAGGAUGCAGAGUCUAAAUUAUCUGAUCUAGAACAUGAGGAUAAUGAGAGUCCUUGUAAAUUUGAGUCCAGACUUGAACGUCACUACGAAGCCACAGCCUUUGAUGUGAAAGAUACGAGUCCUGAAAAUAGUUGUUCAGUUGAAAAUAAGAAUGAAUCAAGUACUGGCAUGAGAUCCAAGACAUAUGAUGGUUAUGACUAUAUUUCUGAUGAAAAUGAAGAUAGUCCUGACACACCAGUAAACGACAUAUGUGAAUUUAAGUUCUAUCAGUCAAAUAGAGGUGAAAACACCAGAAUGGGACAGAUGUUAAAUACCAAUUCUCAGGAUGGGAUGAAAGUUUAUUUGAAUACAGGACUUGACAAAAGAAAAUACAAUAGUGUUGAAGGUAGCAUGAACAGUAUGGGUGGUAUGGGAAGAGGUGGGUCUCUCUGGGAUGAUACCCUUCAGACAGAUCAAACUCUAAGUAGCAGUCAAAUGGUGACUGUGAGGAGGUCAGACAGUGCACAGAGGCAUCCUGGUCCUGUCAUGGGAGAUUGUCUUGGAGUGAGAGGCUUUAACCGUACUGCAAAGAGGCAAGAACGUUCAGGAGAGGUGCCUCCUGGUACUAUCUGUGGGAGUAGAAUACUUCCUUUUGAUCAGAAGUCCUUGGAGAAUAAACAUACUAGGGGGUUCAAGAGGAUAUCAGAUAUUACCCCAAGUACAGAGGACAUUAAACCAUACUCAGAAAUAAAUGACACACAUACUAGCUCAGGCCAGAGUUUAACCAUUGGUGUUAAUGCAUGUUCUGGUGCAAAGCUAAUGCCCCAAAGUAAUUUUGAAACUGAUAUGAAUUACAACACAAGGUCUGUUCCUAAACAAUUUGUGGAAAACAGAAAUCAGUAUUCUUAUGUGCAUGGAAAGUCAGGACUAAGAAUGUGUAAGAAUGGAGACUGCAACUCUGAUAAUUUAUCAUUUAUGUUAAAAAAGAACCAAACCAGCCAAGGUUACAGUAUUUAUAAACCACAAGUGAUUGAGGAUGGUGACACAGGAGAACCUUUGGCUAUGAACAUAGAACAAUACUCUGGUAACACAAAUGAAGUCAUUGACACUAACAACAAAAGUCAAAUUUCUAAUUCAUCAUUAUUGUUUGAGGAAAAACAGAAUGAUUACAUUUACAGCAGCAGGAAACAGUCUGACCAUUUGAAUUAUCAGCACAGUCUUCCCGUUGAGCAGCAUUCUCAAGGAAGGACACGAUCAGGUGAAAGUAUUAGAAAAAGGUCCCUCAGUGGUAGAGGGUCAGACCAAAGAUGCAGCGUUUGUGGAGAGAUGUUUCAAGUUGCUGGAGAUCUACAGAAACACUUGAUCUCCCACAAACAGCAAUGCCAUUUUUGUGGUGAAAGUUUUGAAGAGUUGGAACAUCUCAGUGCACAUUUAGAUAUGCAUCUGAACAAUGGUGUUGAAGGCAGAGGGGAUGAAGGCCAUUGUGAGGACAAUCUUCAUUUGUCAUGUGAUGGUGAUGCACCUGACCAUGCAAUCGAUCGCCAUGAUGUUGAUGUUAAGGGCCAACAGAAGAAUUACAGGUGUGAAAUAUGCUCAAAACUAUUUGUUGCGAAACAGACUCUUCGUAUUCAUAUGAAUAUUCAUCUUGGCAGACGAUCAACAUGUCCUGUGUGCAAGCAGACAUUCUCCACAGACUGGUCUGUGAAGAGACACGCUGGAAAGUGUCAUCAUAAAGUGAAAGUUUGUGAAAAGUCGUUUUCUUCACCAAACAGUUUGAAGAUUCAGAAAGCUCACGAAAACUUUGUUGAAAAAGAAGACCAAAGUUUGUUUACGUGCGAGGUGUGUGAAAAGGAGUUUUCGUCACUGAAGAGCCUAAGCAACCAUUCCAGGACACACCAAAGAAGGGUGGAGGAGCUGCAUAAGUACGUGAAGACAUUUGGAUGCAAGGAAUGUGAUCAUGUGUACUCCAGACCAGACAGUCUGAUGGCUCACAUGAAGGUGCAUGGUGACAAGUACAGGCAUACUUGUGCCGUGUGUUUUGUUGGAUUUCCUACUCUCACGGAAUUGGACUCCCACAUGCAACAACACACACAUGAAGAUAAAAAGUUAAAUACUUGCUCCUUUUGUGGAAGAGGAUUUGAUCUUCAUACAAGCUUUAUACAGCACAUACAACACUGCAGGAAGACCCAACAGGAUGCGGUUCAUGGUAGGGCACUUGAGGAUUUCAUGGUGUUUGAGAGAGACCAAGAAAAAUGCUCUAAUAAUAAUAGGUUCCAAUGUUCUGUUUGCAGUAAAAUGUACCUGAGUAAAAAAUCAUUGAGACAUCAUAUGAAGGUUAAAGGACACAUAACCCCAAGUGAUUAAGGGUUGGACAUGGCUGCCCUUAAAGCCAGGAAUGUUGGCCCAUGUUUAUAAGAAUUGUCUAGUAACCUGCAUGAUGCUGAAAUGCAGUGUGAGGAGGAUGUGUUUGAAGCAUGUUGACACUGUGAAGGAUUAGAAAGCUACACAGCUGCCUUUUCACAAGGUAGCGAGCUGAGUGGUUUAGGUGUUCACUCAUCUUGCUAAGGUUCUUGGUUCACUUCCCACUUAUUCAAUGCACCAUUUUUGAUUGUCUGAAAAAUUACAAUAUGAUUUUUUCACAUUCACGAUGUUACCGAAUAUAUUGUUUUGUUUAAACAUGACAAAAGUGGCUGAACUAUUAAAACAUGGCUUGAGGUGAUCAAACUGAUUUCAAAUGUAAGAUGUGUGGUUGGGCUUAAUUCUAUUUCCGUGACAUCCAGUAAUUCGUGAGCGGCGAUGUUGCUGGAAUAUUGCUAGAAGCGGCGUAAAACCAUACUCACUUACUCUGUAAUUCAUGAAAUACCAUAAGUUGGUACUGAAGUCGACCUUAAGAGCAUAUGCUACUUUUGACAACAUUGUUAAGCAUCAUGUUUGAAUCUGCUGAGUUAAAGUUCUUCAGUAAAACUAAUGAUACACUUGUUAAGUAACUAGUUAGCC